UGUUUCCUCAUUGACAGCUUCAGUAAAUCACAGGAGUUCAUUCACCUUUGUAGCAGGGCCAAAUAUUUCCUUUUCUUUAAUAAAUGUGUCUGAUAAAGGGGAAAUACUCCCAUUCCUCCUGGGGUUUUUCUCUAGACUGCUUGCGUUUCAAAUUAAAAUUUGAAAAAGAUGCCCCAAGCCUUUAUAAGAACCCGAGUGCUGUUGCCAUUUGUACAAUCUCAAGGUACAAAACCUCUUUCUAGGUACAUAAAACAAAAAUGAGGAGAAGCCUUAUGGAAUACACUUCAAGUACCUUUUUCAGGAAGCUAUUUUUAUACCAGUAUUUAUCAUGAAAGCUAUUUAAUAAGGCAAAAUACUAACACCUAGAAAUGUGGUUUGACUUGUAUAUUUUAUACUUGAAAUUAUUUCAUUUUAAAUAAUCUCUGCCAAUGGACCUAUGACCAGCAGCCCAGCAGCGUGCUGCAGAUACCUCCUAAUAAGACUUCGUGCUUGCUUCAAAGAUACUAACAUGGCUAUGAACAAUCAGAUUUAAAUGUUAUCUUGCAUAGUUAUUUGUUGUAGCUAGAUUUUUUUCCUUUUUUAAUGCAUACAUCUAUUCCCUCAGGUUAUCCAGAACUGGAGCUGUACCUGCAACAUGCUAACCAGUGCCAGGAGAAACAGGAUUAGGUUGCUGUAAUCUGCAUACAGUGGCUUGUUAGUCUAGGGGCUAUUUCUGUUUUGAACAACUCUAAGAACAAAAAAAAAAAAUCCCACUUGGGAUUAUAUUUGAGUUGUUUAAAAAUAACUAGUAUGCUGAAACUUAAAGCUUUGCUUACAGAGAGUAGCAGCUCCAUGUCACAGUGGAAGCCUGUCGAAGGCCACCUGCCCCCACGAGAAAGCUUUAGGCCUCCCAAGGGUUUGUUCUCCUCAGCCCCAACUUCUGUAAGGGAAUGAGCAUCGCGGUGCUGGGGCCCACCUUCCAAAACCUGGCCGCCAACGUCCAUAAGAACGUCACCGACAUCUACUACAUCUUCGUGGGCCGGUCGCUGGGCUACCUGGGCGGGUCGGUGCUCGGGGGGGUGCUCUUCGACUGCAUGAACGCCCACCUCCUCCUCGCAUUGUCCAUGUUUGGAACAACAGUUGGUCUUUACGGGAUACCCUGGUGUAAGAAAUCCCUGCUGCUAACUGUCUUAAUGUCAGUGAUUGGCGCUUCCAUGGGAAUUCUAGACACAGGUGGCAACAUACUGGCGCUGAACACCUGGGGAGCGGAGGCUGGGCCACAUAUGCAGGCCUUGCACUUCAGCUUUGCUGUCGGUGCGUUUGUGGCUCCCAUCCUGGCCAAAAUGGCCUUGGGAGGCUCCGAAUCUAAAGACCUUCCAGUGGCUGGAAAGACAAACCAGACUGUCCUGAGGGCUGUGCCGACAGCAUCAGCUGCAUCAGCUGUGUCAGCACUGAAGCACCGGCUUGGAGCGGAUUUUUUGUGGUCCUAUGUCGUCAUAGGGACCUAUCUUCUGUUUGUGUCUUUUGUCUUUUUUAUUUUGUAUUCGAAGGGCAGCUCAGCUCGAGACAAAUCAAAGGCUUCUCUGCAGAAAUGCCUGUUUGCCAAAUACCACUACGCCCUCAUUUUUCUCCUGUUCGUAUUCUUCUUCUGCUAUGUGGGAGCGGAGGUCACUUACGGCUCUUACAUAUUUACUUACGCAAAGGUCUUUGCUGAGAUGAAAGAAAACGAAGCGGCCGCUUUGAAUUCUGUCUUCUGGGGGGCGUUUGCCACUUGCAGAGGAGUGGCGAUAUUCUGUGCUGCUUGCUUGUACCCUGGCACCAUGAUCCUGCUGAGUGUCGUAGGCUCUGCCACCUCCUCCUCGUGCUUGGCCUUCUUUGCGAGGUACCCGGCUGUGCUGUGGGUUGGAACCGCCGUGUACGGAGCAUCCAUGGCUACCAUCUUUCCCAGCGGCAUUUCCUGGAUAGAACAGUACACGGUUGUGCAAGGCAAAUCGGCUUCUCUCUUUGUGAUCGGUGCCGCGCUGGGCGAGAUGUGCAUUCCCGCUGUGGUGGGGUAUCUUCAAGGCAGGUUUCACCACGUUCCUGUGGUGAUGUACGCUGCCUUGGUGACUUCUGUGAUGACGGUUAUACUCUUCCCUCUGAUGUACAAAUUGGCCAACUGUCGUGGCGAGAGCGACUUGAAAGAAAUGAGUGAGAGCGAGGACCGGAAAGCUUUGCUGUCAAACUCGGGGCUUAAUGAGGAUGAAGAAGAUGAGGAGGAUGCAGGAGAGUGGAACGAAGCAGACUUUGAGGUAAUAGAAAUGAAUGACACGCUGAGAAACUCUGUGGUAGAGACGUCCCGUAAGAUACCAGGGGACUCUCCAGCCAAAGGCUCUCUCCAGCCCCACCUGGGUGAUGUAUCGCCCGAUUCUCCAGCGGUCGCUGGUGGCUCCCCUGGGAGAAAAAAUGUGAAUGUUGACCGGGAGAAGAAGGAUUAAAGUAAAAGCUGACUGUUUGUUUUUUUUUUUAAAAGGGCAAUGCAAUUGAAUCGUUGAAGUGGUUCAAGAAUCCUUUUAUAGCGGCGCAGAGCUCAGCGUGUUCAUUUCUGUCUUUGUCCGGCCCUUUCUCCUCUUUCUUUUUCAGUCUGCAGCAAUGUGUCUCGCAGUGGGAAAGUCCACCAUGAUGUGAAUGGGGUAGUGUGAUACCACAUAUAGACUGUGUUGAAAAUGUUAAAACAUGAGACGUUUGCUAAAUGUGAGGCAUGCAUUUAAGUAAUAGAUGCUGUAAUAAGAAUUAACUAGGAAAGAAGGGGACUGCUCAGACCACUCGUUUUUCUGGGGGCGGGUGGAAGGUGCAGUUCUGAGGUGCUUGGUCACCAAAUGUUUUUAGGGGAGAGGAGAGAAACCCGUCAUCUGUGAUACUGAGCUUUCUUGUCUCCUCUACUGCAUCGAAAGUUUGUGUGUGAUGUACACCAGGAAAUCAAGUCAGAUUUCAGGUGAUGCCCAGCAGCUGUAAAUUGGAUAACCUGUUGGCAAACUGUGGAAUUUUCUGCUUCUGUCACUAAGGCAAGGAAAACCUAAAAAUUAAUUUUUGGGAGUGGAACCAUGCCUUUGGGUCAUUUAAAAGCAGUGUAUGGGAGGGGCGACAAAAUGGGUCGUUAAUCUGCUGUAAUUCUUAACUCUGAUUUACUAGUCAAACAGUGGUGACAAAUCUAAAUAGUCUGGAGUACUUGUGAUUUUUAAUUCCUGCACUACCACUGGAAUCAAGAAAUGUAGGAAGAUGAUAAAAUUAUACUUAAUCCAUGGUGUUGACAUAGGGCUGUGAGACUUUUAAGCCAGUUGUUUAAAUUAAGGUUAUAACAACUUUUCUGUCUUUCUGCGCCGAGACUUUAAUGCAGUGAUGGUUAAAAGGAAAAUUUGAGAGGGAAUCACUGGAGAUGAAUCCUUCCAGGUCAUGCCAUUUGAUCGCUUGCCCCUUGCCAGUUGGAUUGGUGCUGUUUGGGUUUUGUUUCUCGGGGUGAUGACUUUACAGGCAGAUUCUUCCUAGAGGAGCAGCAGUGGCUGUACUUGUAGGUUCCUCGCUGUGCUAAGCAGACUGGGGAAGGACCAGUCAUGCCAGCGAGCCUUCCCCAAGAAGAGCACAAAAAAAAAGCAGCAGCUAAAGGCAAAAUCUGACUCUGAAACAGUAGUCUUGCAAUUUGGCUACUUGAAACUCCGAAGUUGUAGGUUAAGUGUUUAUUUAAGGCUGCGUGAUCAGAAUGUGCUGAGGUUUCGUGUUUUUUACUUUGCACUUUUAUUAGUGUUUUUCUUGUAAAGAAGUUUUAUUUACUAACGAAAGAGCUCUGGCUGUAACAUAGCACAGAACCUUAGGUGUUCAGUGUAUUUUCAGGUCUGGUUUUGUUCCCUCUCUUGUCCUCUGAGUGUGUAACCUAGAACCUCGUGGCUCUCUCCUUUCUUCUGAGAAGUUAGUAAGAAGCAGAAACCGACCUGUAGUGAAAAAUGCAAAUUUUUUUUUUGCAUCUUGCCAUUUUGAAGGACCUCCCUGUCCCUCUGCUGUCGGCACUUAAAUGCCUUUGCGCUUUUGCCCAAUGCCUUUUUCCCUUGCGUGUACGCACACUUCCGCGGCAUCUUUCCCAGCACAAUGCAUGAACCUGCACUUUAAAAUACGGCCUUGUUUCACUUGCUACACAAGGGUUCUCUUCUUUGCUUAAAGUAAUGGUAAAUGCUUUCAAAUAUCAGGCCAAAUCCUCUUCUAGGUACAUGUGACAGCAUUGAAUCAACAGGAGCAAGUCUGUACGGCCUCCUGUGUUCAGGUCCUUUUGUACGAUACCAAAUGGAGCGGUGCGGCAGAACUGGUUCUGUAGCUGCCAGCUGUAGGCUUUACCUGAAUGGGUGGCGAUGUGAAAAGUUUCCCUGUACCUGAGCUCACAUUGCCAGAAGAAAAUUAGUUGAAGAAAUGCACCUGGCAACCAGGAAGGGUUUAAAUAAUCCCCCAAUUCGUAUGCUAAUUUUUGGAAUGGAAUUCCAAAUUGGAAGGUCCUGCAGGUAAGAUUGGUCUCAGGGAUAGUUUACACAUCUUGCAUAAUCGAGUGCUUAAAAAAAAAACCCCACAAACCCCAACCAACCAAACCCAGAAAAUGAAACUAAAGCCGCAUUGGGAAAUGCACUGUAACCUCUUUGAACCUGAUCUAUUUGUUGCUUAUAUACACACACACAGAGAUUUGUGUUUCUGACUAAUGUCUUCCCAAUAAGUGUAAAAAUACUGUGCAAAACACAGAUUUUUUUUUUUUUUUUUUUACUGGCUGUAUUAAUUCCUGCCUGAGUCACUUGAACUCAUCCCCCUUUUGUCCCUUCAAAGCAGGAGGCCCGAGUGGUAGGAGCAGAGCAACAGCCUGGCCUGCCAAGGUGAGAGCAGCCUUUUACACAAGGUAAAGCAUCCAAAAAGCAGCAGCAGGAACACAGAGGGGAACUCACAUCAUUAUCUUGAAUGGUACCACACAGAAUCAGGUCUGAUUGAUUGAUAGGUGGAGGUCUUUGUCUGGGUGACAUCAAAAUUUUGAGUCAUCUUAGUGAGCAUUUAAGACAUUGAGGGCUCUAAUUCUGGCCUUGAACUUGAGAUGGCAUGUUCUUACAGAGCUUGUUCUCAUUGUCCCUGAAAAGCAUGCUGUUCGUAGCAGGGGCUGCCCCUAAUGGAAGGGAAAUGUUUAGAACAGAUCAAGGACAUUUCCAGCAAUGACUCCAGUUCACAGCGGGUCUCCACAUCCUCCAUGUUCAAGGCUGUAGCUUUCCUAGUUCUUGGGUUUUGGUGUUCCUCAAGCCUUGUUUGUAGACAACGAAUGUUAGUUCUUACAUGUUUAAGUUUCCUUUCAAAGUAAAAUGCUUCCCGGCAAAUACAGUUAACAUGAGGAUCUGUUUACAGUGCCUUUUGAGUUAAAGAUCCUCCAGAAAGCUCAAACACUUAAACUUAGAUGUUAUGGGUUGAAAUUACUUGAAGUAAACUACUUUACCCUUGCCUUGCUUAUGCUAGAAAAGUCACCUCUGUGCUGAGGACAAGAGCUGUGGCCCAGGGGUUAGAUUAGAUACCUGAAUUUAUGAGGAAUCCUAUUUUUGCCCAUAAAGCCAGGACUGAGUUGAAGAUGAGCACUUGCCCGUUUACUCCAGCGGUAAAGGUAACCUCUUACAGUUAAGCGUCAGUUACUAUUUGUAUUUAUCCCCAAAGCACUGCCAAAUGCUGGAUUGUACCGCAAGCACUAACAUGUUACUCCUGGCCUUUGCACUUUUGUUCUGUACCUGGCCAAUGCUAGAAUACAAGAGUAGGCAGAGUUUUGUGCCUCGGUGUUUUUGGGUUUUUUUUGUUGGUUUGUUUUUUUUUUUUUUUUAGUUACUUUGCGUAAAAGCGCAUUGUGAUCUGUGGAUGUUCUAUUAUAUAUUUAAUAGUUUUUCUUCUGCUUGGUGUGGGUUUACAUUGUACUGUAUAAUGAAUGUGAAAUUUAACAGACUGACUUGUACCUUGAAUGUAAUAAAUUCUGAACUGGAGAAGGCACUCAGGUUCCUUGAUGUAAAUAAAGUUUUGUCCUAUUUUUCAAAGCUA